AUGGAUAGAGAAAUUAGGAAGGACACAGGGUUUGAGAGGCGAAAGCGCCUCACGCGCUCUCCCGCGCGCCCGCACCCGUCGCCUUGCCUCGGCGCUGCCACCACCACGGGCGCCCGGGCUCCUACCCCGCCCCUGCCUCUGCCCGCACCGCCUCCUCCCGAACCUCCUCCGGUCCCCUUGCCCACCCACGGCCCUAACCCCCCCACCCGCCCACCGCCACUCACGGGCGAAGGAGCGGCGAGCCACGAAGAGGAGGAGAGAAGGAAGCGACUUGGAGGAGAAGGCCUCCCGCGAGAGCCCAAGGGGCGCGGAGGAGGGGUGCGGACGCCCGUAUUUGGGGCCGCGGUAAUUGCUCUAAUAAAUGGCCGGCGUGGACACUCGCGAUCCUCGGCCGCGUCUGGCGGCUCGGCGGCGGGGGCAGAGGCGUGCGGGCAAGGAGCUGAAAUGGCACGACGCGGUAUGAGACGGGGCACAGAGGUACCCAAAGGCCCAGAGAGGCGCAGAGGCGCGGGUCCGGGGGCGCGGGCACGAAAAAGGCAGAGUCUCAGGGUUCCAGGAGAAGCCGAGGCACGGGCGGCGCGGGCGGCCUCCGGUGGCGUGAGCGGAGGAGCCUAA